AUCAAUCGUACGAAUUUGGUACAGUGCACGUACUGGUUGCUAUCGAGUCACUUCAAAUUUGAUAAUACAAAAAAUGAAGCGAUUUCUGGCAUUUCUCUUUUUUAUGCCAUUUGUUCCUGUGAUGGCUUUAGUGGCUUCGGUGUUUCAAGUUUAUCGAUUCAUACUUUCGUGUGUUCUAAGGUUGACACAUGGAGAUAAAUUUGUUGGAAUGAUGGAUGGUCGAGAUGCCAUAUGGGGGUUAGAAGAGCAGAAGAAUUGUGGAGUGGUGAACAUUGUUGCAUUUGUUGAAGAUACGGUUGUGAAUAAUGAGGAUGAUCUACCGGAAAAACUCAGAAGAGUUUUCGUGCAGCGGUUCAACAAUCUUAUUUCUAAUAAACAAGAUCAAUUCAGAAAAGGUAUGUUAAGGAGAAACUGUGCAUCGGGAUAUUACUACUGGACGGAUGAUCUCAAUCUUGAGGCCUGUGAUCUAAUCAAACUUGUGGAACCAACUACGAAUAAGGCUUAUAUUAGCGAACUGGAAUUACGAGAACUCGCGAGUCAAAUAACUACUUCCAAGCUGCCGUCCAACCAUGGCGCAUUGUGGGAAAUAUUGAUACUAACGAAGCCUGUACUUGAACUCGGAAGCAUUCUAAAGUAUCCCAUCUUCUUGCGAUUCCAUCAUUCAAUGGGAGAUGGUGUAGCUAUACUCCGCUUCGUCAUGGAGGAAAUCAUGAAUCCAACUGAUGAAUGGAUAUUUUCACCGAAACAUCUAGCCAAUUCAAAUUUUAACUUUAGCAAAAGUCUCUCAUUUUGGCUGAAGGUAAUUUACGAGUUUCCAAAUCAGAUGUUGCAUGUACUACAAAUGAAGGCUGACCGGAGUUCACUGAAUACCGACAAUUUAACUCCUUUUAAAAUAACGUGUUGGCAGAAUGAGAGUACUGUUUUAAAGAACACACACUGGCUUCAGUUACUCGAAAAAGUGCACAUAAAACAAUCCACAGUUGCAAACAGCAGUGUAUUCAUCACCGCCCUAUCUGGAACGUUACACAAAUACUUUGAAGCGAGAGAUGAGAACCCCGGUUCCUUGACAAUAGCCAUUCCCGUCCGAACGAAACAUGAAGAAGCCAGACUGAAAUUGGAGAAUGCUUUCGCCACACCUGUGGAACGAGUUCCAAUCACACCCAACGUCCUGCCGGAUGAUCCAGACCGUCAACAGAAAUUGCUCGACAAGCUGACUGCCAUAAAAAAGAUCACCAAAGUUCUUCGUUCUAGGACCAAUUUGAUGAUCAUCUUCCUGGCAGCGAUAAGUUUGGCCGCAACGUUCCCCACGCAGAUCCUGAAAUAUAUCUCCAAAUUUUUCCACAUCACGGCUUCGGUCUCCGUCAUGCCAGUGCUGAAGACCAACCUCCAGGUGGGAUCGUACGAGCUGAAGAAUAUGAUAUUCUGGCCUCCGGCAUUCGGAACCGUGGGCCUGAACGUUUCCGUCUUUGUCUAUGGAAAUCAACUACAACUGGCACUGCUUGCCGAUCGCUCGGUGCUGGGAACAGUCGAAGAAGGGAUGGCCCUGUUGGAGCAGAUUAUGCACGAGAUAAAGCGAAUGGAUAUGCUUAUGGGGGAGUGAGACUACGUAGUUACUUGUUUUACUGGACUGUAAGAGUUCAUUUUGGGGAUUUCUGGUAAAGGAUUAUUCUGUACUUGGGGCAUUUGUUCGUGUUGUCUUAUAUAUUUCGAACAAAAAUAUUAUUCUGAAACCAUUGAUACCAUGUUGAGCCAACUGGGUUUCAAAUAUAAGAGACGGAACAAAUGCUAACACGCUGUGGUUUAUAUUUUAUAAUAGUGGGAUGCUACAAGGUCCCAGUCAACACAAACAGAAGGUACAGAAGUAUAAGCAUAGCAGUAGCGUGGCCUUUCUACGUUCUUGACAGAAAAUGUACUUAAAAUGCGUCGUUUUCUGAAUGAAUAAAUUUGAAAAAGGAAAUAGUUUGAAU